AUCUCACGUGCCUUUCUCCUUGUCAGAAGCCCGUUGGUUACCUGCCGGUUAGAAGGCGUACGGCGACAGUGUCUGUACUAGAAAAAUUAAAACAAGCUCUAUUUAUUUGUAAUAAAACAAUAGAAACAUGGGAACUCGGGAUGACGAAUACGAUUAUCUCUUUAAAGUGGUGCUGAUUGGUGACUCCGGAGUUGGGAAGAGUAACCUGCUCUCUCGAUUCACACGCAACGAGUUCAACUUGGAAAGCAAGAGCACCAUUGGAGUCGAGUUUGCCACUCGUAGCAUCCAAGUGGACGGCAAGACGAUAAAGGCUCAGAUCUGGGACACGGCAGGACAAGAACGCUAUAGGGCCAUCACUUCUGCGUACUAUCGGGGUGCUGUGGGUGCAUUAUUAGUGUAUGACAUCGCCAAACACCUCACGUACGAGAAUGUGGAGCGCUGGCUGAAGGAACUGCGGGACCAUGCUGACAACAACAUUGUCAUAAUGUUAGUGGGAAACAAGAGUGACCUGCGACAUUUAAGGGCCGUGCCCACCGACGAAGCUCGUGCCUUUGCAGAAAAGAACAAUUUGUCAUUUAUUGAAACAUCAGCCCUGGACUCCACUAAUGUAGAAGAGGCAUUUAAAAAUAUAUUGACAGAAAUAUAUCGUAUUGUAUCACAGAAACAGAUAGCUGAUCGGUCAGCGCACGACGAAUCUCCUGGCAACAAUGUGGUAGACAUCAGUGUGCCGCCCACCACGGACGGGCAGAGAGCCAACAAACUGCAGUGCUGUCAGAAUCUGUGACCUCCAAAUCCUUUCCUUCCCUCCUCCAGGAUCCUUCCUACCCAGUGCUCUCCGCUUUUGAUCUUGUGUGUUGUGCGUGCUGCUGUCCGGUAUACCCUGUGAUUUCUAUGCUCUUCCUUCCUUCCUUUUUUUUCCAAAGCUACAAGUCUAACUCUGACAUUCCCUUUAUAAUUUAUCCUACUCCUUCUAUCCAAUCCAGCCUUUUUUUUUUUUUGCCCUCUCAUUAUUGAUUUUAUUUUAUAAUUUUUUUUUUUUUGACAAUUUCCUCUCUCAAUGAGACAAGUUCUUCAGGGCUGGAAAAAUUCUGCACUGAUCAUGUGAUCCACACCUGGAAAAGGAUGCUGGUGAGAGAUCAGUUGUUGGAACGGCCAGGUAACCUGGCUAGCUACCCCAGCCCAAGCAACAUUCUGAAGGGCUGCUAGUCAGAUCAGGACAGCCCUUGGGUCUGCACACUGUGUGAAAUGUGGUCGUAUGUGCUAAUAAAUAAAACAAAAGGAAGAUGGCUAAUUGAUCCUGACUAUGUUAGCAUGCUGCUUGAUGAUUGCAAAAGCAGCAGUGUGAAACUGAGCAGGUCCACAGUGAAGGAAUCAGCAAUCAUUACCAAAAAAGAAAAAUCUUUUGCAUUAGCUUGAGGCUCACACUUUUUUUAUUUUUUAUUUUUUUUGUUUUUAAGGUCCAGCAUCUCUUUGUAAUCUAUUAUGGAAUGACCUUUCCCCUCUGCUACUUAAAUAUAUUCGGAAUAGAAUGCUACCAAAUCGUGCAUAUGCUAGGCAGUUUAAAACUUGAAGAUAUAUUAAAAAAGUGGCUUAGACUGAUUGAAGAAUUGCAAGCUGAGCACCCCCCCCCCCCCCCCAAACCCAUACCAGACAUCACAUAAGGCGUCACAUAGCACUCGCCAUUAUUUGUAUUCUGUAGAUGUCCUUUUCCCUACCUGUGCUUGACUGGAUAUCAGACAAAGUCUUCCAGAACUUGUAUGGUGUUGCACUGAAUGGUAAACUAGAUUUUUUUUCCUCCUCUUUUUUUAAUGUAAGGAGGGAGGCCUGGGGGGGGGGGGGGGGGGUUCAAGUGGGUGUUAAACACUAAACUGUGUGUGAUGUACCCAUGCAGUGAUAAGGCAAAAUUUUCACACCCUGCAAUGCUUGUCCAGUCGAGGUCUGAAGACUGCACCGCCUAAGUAAUGCAUUCUGGUUAAUAUAUAUAUCCAUACAUACACACAUACACAUAAGCAUAUAUACAUAUAUAUAUAUAUAUAUAUAUAUAUAUAUAUAUAUAUAUAUAUAUAUAUAUAUAUAUGAUGUAUAAAAAUAUAAAUCGUAUGACAGGAUCAUCUAACCUUGGUCACCUUUGCACGUGACUCCUCAUUUUUCUUUUUUUUUUUUCUUGUAAAAUAAUACGGUAUAUCCUUAGCCAUUAUUUUAGAUAUUAGCGCGCAACGCCUGUCACGGUAACGUGUAUAACGCAGCUUGCGUAGGGCUCUUGGUAGUGUUCUUGACAGAAAUGCAUACACUUUCCUUUUUUUUAUGAUUAUUAUUUUUUUUUUUUUUUUUUUUUCCUGUGAGGGUCUGUCUGCUUUGGUGCCUGAAGAGAACAAAUCGGGCUCCUCCUCCUCCUUCUUGUCUGUCCUGUCUUGUUUUUGGCUGUACAGCCCAAGGACAUGCAACCUAGUGGCCUUAGAUGACCACUUGUGUCCUGGAAUCGUAGACCUUCCAGGUAGGCACUUGGUCCACUCAAAAUCCAAAUGAAGUCUGUGAGAUCUGACAGUCAGGACGUCCUGUUAAUGAAGUUGUUUCUUGAUAUCCCAAGGUUAGCACCUGGUCUAAUGCAUUUCUGGGAAGCUUUAUUAGAAAAAAGAAGAAAACAAACGUACUUGGAUCAGCUGAAUCUCAUUGUCAUUUUUUUAGGAAACUAACUUCUCCCUUUCCUUCUUCCUGCUUGUCUCCACUUUGAGAAUUGCCUUUGAAACAGUACAGGUUGUACUUACCAUUCAUGCGGUCGAUUUAAGAACACUUUGAAUUUAUUGAAUUUUGACAGUUAGCUCCCAGGAGCAAAGCUUUACUUAUUUUUGUAAGCAUUUUUUUUUUUUUUUACUGUUUUGAUUGUUUAAGUGCAUCACCAUUUUUUUUUUUUUUUUUUACUUUCCUCACCUCCUCCCUGCCAUCUUUCUCACUUUUGUUCUGCAGGUGUACCUGUAUUUCUGUUAAGUGCAAUCCACUAUGUAAAUAUAUAUACGCCUCACUCAGUUUGUGCAUGGUAACAUAUGGUGGAUGAAUACAUUGCCAAACCUAAGAAUUGGUUUGUGUUGUGGUGUGGUUUUUUGUUUUGUUUUUUUAAAUCUGGGGACAGUUUUUUCUGUUGCAUUCUGAUAAGUUUUUAUUUCAUUAGCACUUUCUUUUCCAAUAAAAUAAUCACUUGUUCAAUA